GAGCGAUAUGGACGAGGCGAUACUGUUCUGACCGGGGUUGUGCUGGAGUUGCACUGCCACCAUUUGAGAAAAGCACUGGUAAAUGAGACGGCGGUGGGCCAAGUUCAGUGGGAGAGGGUCGGUGCCGCUUGUUAUUUUUUCCUUUCCGUGCUGGCAGCUUGGUAGAAGGGAGCAAGCGAAAUAUUCUGUUUCAUUUCCUUAAACAGAGAUUAACGUAGUAGUCAUUAACGUAUGCAUAUAGUCUACAUUUUAUUUGAAUUCUAUUCAGUGAAUAUUUGUAAUGCAGUUUUAUCUUUAAAUGAAAAAAACUAGCGGUGGAGGUCAGACACUUUUCAAGGAAAUCAAUCGAAGUCAACGACCCAAGGAGCAAUUUAUUUAUUGAAACUGAAUACGAAGAUCGAACAUGUUUGAAACGAGAGGAAUCCCAUUCAUUCUUCUUGACAUAGCCUGUCUUAUACUUGCUGGACUGCCAUUCACAAUACUCACACUGCUACACAAUCCAUUCAAACGAGGAUUUUUCUGUAACGAUGAAUCGAUCAAGUACCCCUUUAAAGAAGACACCAUAUCCCAUCAGUUGUUAGGUGGGAUAAUGAUUCCCUUCACAGUGCUUGCUAUGAUCUUUGGGGAGUGCCUUUCCGUAUAUCUUAAGCGUGUCAAUUCAAAGUCAUCUUUUGGCAAUAUCUAUGUGGCCCGUAUUUACAAGGCAGUGGGCACUUUUUUAUUUGGUGCUGCUAUGAGCCAUUCACUGACUGAUAUUGCUAAGUACUCAAUUGGUCGGCUGAGGCCGCAUUUUCUGGACGUGUGCAAGCCUGUGUGGGACCAGAUCUGCAAAACCGAUGGCUACGUCGAGAACUUCACCUGCACCGGGGACAAGACCAUGGUCAAUGCGGGCAGGCUUUCCUUCUAUUCGGGUCACUCUUCCUUCUCCAUGUACUGCAUGUUUUUCCUAGCACUGUAUAUUCAGGCCAGACUUCAAACGGAGUGGGCCCGACUGCUCCGGCCAACCCUCCAGUUCUUCCUGAUCGCUGCCUCUGUGUACGUGGGCCUCUCCCGCGUGUCUGACUACAAGCACCACUGGAGCGAUGUCCUCACCGGCCUGAUCCAGGGGGCUCUGAUGGCCAUACUGGUGGUGGCAUUUGUGUCUGAUUUCUUCAAGAAGCCAGUGGUGCCAGUAAAACUGGAGGAGACCAGUUUACAGGAAACCCCCACUAAUGGAAACCAUUUUGGCAGUAGCCACUAAGACAAGGAGGACUCAGGUGGACAAUCUGUGAAUGUAACCCUGCUUCUCGCUCUCCAGAUGACAUAUACAAGCCUGGAGGCAGAACUCAUAAUGGACUAUGUGUGAUUAUGUCAAAUACUGCCUUGGCCGGACUGCUACUGCUGCAACCAAAGCACCCUGUGUAUCCCUCUUCACUGAGCACCCAUAUUAUGUACCUGUGCUUACAAAGAAAACCCCUCCAUUUCAACUUUUUUUACUGUUCCAUGUAUACAAGCAAUAUGCAAAAUUAUUUUUUAUAUAAAAAUUGUUUUAAAGUGUUAUAUACCAAUUUGUGUUCUGCGCUUUUUAAAAAAUGAAAAACCCACUAUGCUUAGUAACAAAUAAAAACAAAUCAGCACA